GAGACUGGCUGGCAGCAUCGCCAGCUUUCUGCCAAGACAUCAGCGCUGCAAGGCAAGGUUAUUCCUAACUGAGCACAGCCUGCCAGGAAGCAAGCGUUUGCACCCCACACCACUGUGCAGGUGUGACGGUGAGCUCACAGCUGCCCCCCAGGCAUGCCCAGCCCACUUCAUCAUUCACAGCUCGACAGUUCUCCCGCCCAACCCAGUCCUAGAGGAUAAAAAGGGGGGAUUGAAGUUCCUGGGUAACAGAGCAGCCUUCUGCGUCCUGCUGAGCUCUGUUCUCGUCAGCACUUCCCGACCCCUAGUGCCCGGUACUCUUGCUCCGCCAGGAACAAGCCAUCAUGUCUCGCCAGUCGAGUGUAUCCUUCCGGAGUGGGGGCGGCCGUAGCUUUAGCGCUGCCUCUGCCAUUACCCCGUCUGUCUCCCGCACCAGUUUCACCUCCGUGUCCCGGUCCGGGGGUGGCGGUGGCGGCUUCGGCAGGGUCAGCCUAGGGGGUGCUUGUGGAGCAGGUGGCUAUGGCAGCCGGAGCCUCUACAACCUGGGAGGCUCCAAGAGGAUCUCCAUCAGCACUAGUGGUGGCAGCUUCAGGAACCGAUUUGGUGCAGGUGCUGGAGGCGGCUAUGGCUUCGGAGGUGGAGCCGGGAGUGGAUUUGGUUUUGGCGGCGGAGCCGGUGGCGGCUUUGGGCUCGGUGGCGGCGCUGGCUUUGGAGGUGGCUUUGGUGGCCCUGGCUUCCCUGUGUGCCCCCCCGGAGGCAUCCAAGAGGUCACCGUCAACCAGAGUCUCCUGACUCCCCUCAACCUGCAAAUCGACCCCACCAUCCAGCGGGUGAGGACUGAGGAGCGGGAGCAGAUCAAGACCCUCAACAACAAGUUCGCCUCCUUCAUCGACAAGGUGCGGUUCCUGGAACAACAGAACAAGGUCCUGGACACCAAGUGGACUCUGCUCCAGGAGCAGGGCACCAAGACCGUGAGGCAGAACCUGGAGCCCUUGUUUGAGCAGUACAUCAACAACCUCAGGAGACAGCUGGACAGCAUCCUGGGGGAGAGGGGCCGCCUGGACUCAGAGCUGAGGAACAUGCAGGACCUGGUGGAGGACUUCAAGAACAAGUAUGAAGAUGAAAUCAACAAGCGUACCACUGCUGAGAAUGAGUUUGUGAUGCUGAAGAAGGACGUGGAUGCUGCCUACAUGAAUAAGGUGGAGCUAGAGGCCAAGGUCGAUGCCCUAAUGGACGAGAUCAACUUCAUGAAGAUGUUCUUUGAGGCGGAGCUGUCCCAGAUGCAGACGCAUGUCUCAGACACUUCUGUGGUCCUGUCCAUGGACAACAACCGGAACCUGGACCUGGACAGCAUCAUCUCUGAGGUCAAAGCCCAAUAUGAGGAGAUUGCUAACCGCAGUCGGACAGAAGCUGAGUCCUGGUACCAGACCAAGUAUGAAGAGCUGCAGCAGACAGCAGGCCGGCACGGGGAUGAUCUUCGCAACACCAAGCAAGAGAUCUCUGAGAUGAACCGGAUGAUCCAGAGGCUUAGAGCUGAGAUUGACAAUGUCAAGAAGCAGUGUGCCAAUCUGCAGAACGCCAUUGCUGAUGCUGAGCAACGCGGGGAGCUGGCCCUCAAGGACGCCAAGCACAAGCUGGCUGAGCUGGAGGAUGCUCUGCAAAAGGCCAAGCAGGACAUGGCCCGGCUGCUCAGGGAGUACCAGGAGCUCAUGAACACCAAGCUGGCCCUGGAUGUGGAGAUUGCCACCUACAGGAAGCUGCUGGAGGGCGAGGAGUGCAGACUGAGUGGAGAAGGAGUUGGACCAGUCAACAUCUCUGUCAUCACAAACAGCGUGUCCUCUGGCUACGGAGGCGGCAGUGGCUUUGGCAGUGGCCUUGGUGGAGGUCUUGGCGGUGGUCUUGGCGGUGGUCUUGGCGGUGGUCUUGGCAGUGGUCUUGGAGGAGGUGGCGGUGGGAGCUACUACUCCAGCAGCAGUGGAGGCGUUGGCCUCGGUGGUGGGCUCAGUGUGGGGGGCUCUGGCUUCAGUGCAGGCAGUGGCCGAAGCCUGGGGGUGGGCUUUGGCAGUGGUGGGGGCAGCAGCUCCAGUGUCAAGUUUGUCUCCACCACCUCUUCUUCCCGGAAGAGCUUCAAGAGCUAAGAGCCUGCCUCAAGUCACUGCCUCUCAAGUGCAGCCACCAGACCUGUGGUGACCGCCUCUUCCAGGUGGUUGCCAAGCCAAAAUUUUUCUUUUUCUGGAGUGUAGUCUAGAGCAAGCAUAUUGCAGAACUGCAUUCUUUGGUUUCUGGAAGGGUCCACUCCCCAGUCUCUAGUCUCCCAUGUCAUGAUUCUAUGUUCUGCUUCAAAUCAGCCUCUAGGUCUCUAUAGCAUGGUCCUUGAUGUGAGAAGAAUCCAAAGUUUUCUGGUAUCUAAAUCUUUCAGAACAGGGUCCCCAUCCUAAGCCCAAAUUUUGUUCUUGUUCUGACUACCUCCAAAGUGUGUUCAAAUAAAAAAUGCUUUUAUAA